AUGGCUCAUAUAUCUACAGAACAAAGUUUUGGUGAUGCAUUAUCUUUGGUGAGAACCUGUCAUUUAGUGACAAUGCUAGAAAACUGUCUGUACAGAGCAAAGAGCACCAGACUACAGUGUUCCAAAGUCUUCUGGUUCCUAAGGAAUUAACCACACGGGUGGCCCAAGAGGCACUGAGGUUGUCUCUUAAUGAGCCCUGUGGACUACGAGGCUGUAUUAUAUACGUGAAUGUGGAAGGUAACAAUAAACUAGUGGCACUGGACACAAUUGUUUAUGACUGCACAGUGGAUCCUACAUUUGAACUAAAGCUUGUUUUAAAGCAGGAUACCCAAGGAUGGGACUACUUGAGAGAUUUUCUAGCAAACAGAACUUGCUUUCCAAGUCUUUUCACAACUAUCAUCAAACUCAGUCCUAAGUUUCAGCUCACAAAGAGAAGGUUGUAUUUUUCAGUUAUAGAAGCAGGAACGGAAGAUUGUUAG